UAAGCUCGUGCUUAGCAAACACACCAGAACCCCAGUAUCUGGCUACGGUGUAGGACUGCAAGAAGUACGGCACUGGACACAGCCUUUGGUGCAGCGCCCACCAGUCAUGGACCCAAAAGCAGUCUGCCUCGCCAUGUUGGCGUGGUUGAUGACAGCCAAAGCGUGGGUCCGAUACCACAACGCUUGCGAGCACACAGAGUUGACCAACACGACCGUGUACGACUUUUCCUUGUACGAUGUACACAACAAGGAAGUGGUCUCCCUUAACAGGUUUAGAGGCCAGGUUCUUUUGAUCAUCAACGUGGCUAGCUUCUGAGGCUCCACUCACCAGUACCACGGACUGAAUGCACUCAAAGAAAAAUACGCCCAUUUGGGGUUCGAAAUCUUAGGAUUCCCUUGUAACUUGUUUGGCAAGCAAGAGCCUGGCGCUAACGGGACAGAAAUUCAUGAACAACUUAAAAUACGUACGUCAGGAUCCGGUUUUGUACCAGACUUCCCGCUUUGAAAGAUCGAGGUGAACGGAAAGAACGAACAUCCUCUGUAUACUUACCUAAAGGUGAAUGGCCUCAGUAUAGGGGAGAGAGCCCACCCUAGGUUCUGUGCUAACGGCACUCACUGCACCGAUAAUGAGUGCUGCUUGGAAUACGAGCCAGACUCCGUGGUAAUAGGACGGAGCAUCGUGGGGAAGGAGUACAGAGGGAUCUGCACCAACCUUGGACAUUACAACUCGGGUAAGACUCAGUGCACUAACGAUAUGGGAGAUUGGGAUGAGGAGGAGAUCGAGGUGGAGGUGGGGGUAUCAGGUGUUAUACCCCGGGUUCGGCUAAGCACACUGACGCUGGAAGAAGUCUAA